CCGCGAAGCCGAGCGGCCCAGGUUUCCAGCCGGGCCCCUUUUCCAGCUGGGCCCCAGCAUGGCUGCCCCCAGGGCUGCGGGUCGGGAAGCCUCCGCGUUCUCGUUUCCCUGACGGUCCCGGCUUCUGUGCUCUCCUUCCCCUCCCCAGGCCACUCGAGCAGACAUGUUUGCCAAGGCCUUUCGGGUCAAGUCCAACACGGCCAUCAAGGGGUCGGACAGGAGAAAGCUUCGGGCUGAUGUGACCACUGCUUUCCCCACUCUUGGAAGAGAUCAGGUCCCUGCCUUAGUACCUGGAAAGGAAGAGCUCAACGUUGUGAAGUUGUAUGCUCACAGAGGGGAUGCAGUGACUGUGUACGUGUGUGGUGGCAACCCCAUCCUAUUUGAACUGGAGAAAAACCUGUAUCCAACAGUAUACACCUUGUGGUCCUAUCCUGACCUUCUCCCAACGUUCACAACAUGGCCUCUGGUGCUCGAAAAACUGGUCGGGGGAGCAGAUUGCAAAGGACCUCCUCCAAGAAAACAGACUGAAGUUUUGUCUGGUGCCUGGCCUGAACAAACAUAUCCAGAGGGCAUGCAGGCUAUAUAUAAAUGCCGACCUGGAUUUAGAACUCUUGGAGCUAUUAUAAUGGAAUGCAGGAAUGGAGAAUGGGAGUCUCUUAAUCCAUUAAGGAUAUGUCGGGAAAGGCCCUGUGGACAUCCUGGAGAUACUCCUUUUGGUUCUUUUCAUCUUGAAAGAAGAAAUGAGUUUGUAUAUGGUGCAAAGGUUGUUUACACAUGUAAUGAGGGGUAUCAGUUGCUAGGUAGGAUUAAUUUCCGUGAGUGUGAACCAGAUGGAUGGACCAAUGAUAUUCCUCUUUGUGAAGUUGUUAAGUGUUCACCAGUGACAGAACCAGAGAAUGGGAGACUUACCAGUACUGCCGUGGAACUAGACCAAGACCAUACUUUUGGACAAGUAGUACGAUUUCAGUGUAAUUCAGGCUUCAAGCUUGAAGGGCCUGCAGAAAUCCAUUGCUCAGCAAAUGGUGUUUGGAGUGGAGAAGCACCGAAAUGUGUGGAAAUUUCCUGCCAAGAGCCAGAAAUUGUAAAUGGACAGUCUACAUCUCAGAAGAAAACUUACAGAGAAAAUGAACGACUUCAAUAUAAAUGUAACAAGGGUUAUGAAUACAGUGAUAGAGGAGAUGCUGUAUGUACUAAAUUUGGAUGGACUCCAAGUCCUUCAUGUAGAGAAGUAGCAUGUACUUCUCCUUAUAUUCCAAAUGGUGUCUACAGACCUCAAGCCAUCCAAUACAGAACGGGAGAUGAAAUCACAUAUUACUGUAAAAGUGGCUUUUAUCCUGCGACCCAUGUAAAUACGGCAACAUGUACUAGUACAGGCUGGCAACCUCCUCCAAGAUGUACUUUGAAGCCCUGUGAUUUUCCAGAAAUAAAACAUGGAAGUUUACACAAUGAAAAUAGAUAUAGAUCAUACUUUCCAGUAUCUAUAGGAAAAUAUUUUUACUAUUCCUGUGAUUCCAACUUUGUGACUCCUUCACAACAUCAGUGGGAAUACAUUACUUGCACACACAAAGGAUGGGAACCAACAGUACCAUGCCGCAGGCGAUGUAUUUUCAAUUAUUUGAAAAAUGGAGAUUAUCCAAGGUAUGGACAAACAUUUCUCCAAGAUGAAUCUGUGAGAGUUAAAUGUAAUUCUGGUUACAGUCUUCCAAAUGAGCAGACUAUAAUGACAUGUACAGAGAGUGACUGGUUCCCUCCUCCAGAAUGCAUUCCUCUCAAAAGAUGUUUAAAAUCAGAUAUAACAAUCGAAAAUGGAUUUUUUUCUGAAUAUGAAUUUGCAUAUCCCUUGAAUAAAGAAACACAGUAUCAGUGUAAACCAGGAUAUGUAACACCAGAUGGUAAAACUUCAGGAUCAAUUACAUGUCUGCAAAGUGGAUGGUCACCUCAACCCUCAUGUAUUAAAUCUUGUGACGUGCCGAUAUUGGAGAAUGCCAGAAUCAAAAUCAAUGGCACAUGGUUUAAACUCAAUGACAAGUUGGACUAUGAAUGCCAUGACGGAUUUGAAAGCAGAGAUGGGCGCACAGGUUCCAUAGUGUGUGAUAACGAUGGUUGGUCUCCUAAACCAAUAUGUUAUGAAAUAGAAUGCAAGGUUCCAGAAGUAGAAGAAUACUUAGUUCCUGAGCCCAGAAAACACAAAUAUAGAGUUGGAGACCUCUUGAAAUUCUCCUGCAGACAAAGACUUAAAAGAGUUGGACCAGACUCAGUUCAGUGUUAUCACUUUGGAUGGUCCCCUAAUCUUCCAACAUGUAAAGAGCAAACAAAACGGUGUCCGCCACCUCCUCAACUCCUCAAUGGGGAAGUUAAAGAAACAGACAAAGAAAUCUACGAACACAAUGAUUUGGUGGAAUAUGUUUGCAAUACUAGAUUUCUGAUGAAGGGUUUUAAUAAAAUUCAAUGCGUUGAUGGACAAUGGACAGACUUGCCUAUGUGUAUUGAGGUGGAGAGUACAUGUGGAGAUAUACCUGAACUUCAUUAUGGCUCUGUUGUUGAGUCUUCUGUCCCUCCCUAUCACCAUGGAGAUUCAGUAGAGUUCAAUUGCAAAGAAGAAUUUACAAUGAUUGGACACAAGUCAAUUACAUGUAUUAGUGGAAAGUGGACCCCACUUCCUCAGUGCAUCGCAACUGAUGAACUUAAGAAGUGUAAAUACAGCUUGACUAGAAAAGAAGCAAAUCCAUCACGUAAGAUUAUAUUUGACCAUAAUGAGAAAAUAAGUUAUACAUGCAGAGAAACAAUAAAGCAGCAACAUUCAACAUGCAUAAAUGGACGAUGGGAUCCCGAACUAAACUGCACAGAAGUUCGAACGCAGUCAUGCCCCCCUCCACCUCAGAUUCCCAAUGCUCAAAAUAUGGCAACGACGGUGAAUUAUCAGGAUGGAGAAAAAGUAUCUGUUGUCUGUCAAGACAAUUAUAUACUUCAGGAUGCAGAAGAAAUUGUGUGCAAAGAUGGAAGAUGGCAGUCAAUACCACGCUGUGUUGAAAAACUUGCGUGUCCUCAACCACCUCGUAUAGAACAUGGAACCAUUAAAUCAUGUGAAUUUUCAGAAGAAAUAGAAGGAUCAUUGAAACCUAAGCUUUACCCACAUGGCAGCAAGUUAAAUUACACUUGUGAGGAUGGUUUCAGGAUAUCUGAAAAAGAUGAGAUAACAUGCCAGAUGGGAAAAUGGAGUUCUCUACCCCGGUGUGUAGGGCUUCCUUGUGCACCACCAGAAUAUGUGGUUCUACAUAGUAUUCCACCUCGCAAAUCAGACACUUACCAGUAUGGAGAAGAAAUAGUGUAUGAAUGUGUCGAAGGUUUUGGGAUUAAUGGAUCUGCAUCUAUAAAAUGUUUAGGAGGAAAAUGGUCCCAUCCACCAAAAUGCAUAAAAACAGACUGUUUUGGCUUACCCGAUUUUGGUAAUGCCAUACCCAUAGGCCCAAUGAAGGAAUCAUAUAAGUCAGAAGAAAAAGUGACUUAUAAAUGUCCAAAAUAUUACGAAUUGGAUGGACCCAAUUUUGUACAGUGUAUUAAGAGCCAAUGGAUAGGAAAGCCAACAUGCAAAGAUAUUUCCUGUGAGAAUCCACCCAAAGUGAAAAAUGCUAUUAUACUAAGUGAGAAGCCUACUUAUCUACCUGGUCAGAGCGCCCGUUAUGAAUGCAUCAAACCUUUUGAACUGUUUGGGGAAGUAGAAGUAAUAUGUUUAAAUGGGACCUGGACACAACCCCCUCAGUGUGCAGAUCCUAAAGGAAAAUGUGGGCCUCCUCCACCUAUUGACAAUGGAGACAUUACCUCAUUCCCAUCAUCAACAUAUGCUCCGGGAUCAUCAGUAGAGUACAAAUGCCAGUCCUUCUAUGUACUUCAGGGACACAAGACCAUAAGAUGUAGAAAUGGACAGUGGUCAUCACCACCAAAAUGCUUAGAGGCCUGUACAGUAUCAGAAGACACAAUGAGAACACAUAAUAUACGAUUUCGAUGGUCUUCUGAGCCAAAACUUUAUUCUAAAACGAGGGAUGUUAUUGAAUUUGAAUGUAUCCCUGGACAUCAUAAAAAGACCCCACUGCAUACAUUCCGAGCCACCUGUCGGGAAGGAAAACUGACGUAUCCUCAAUGUUGGUAAUACAGUGGUGAAGAUGCAGUCCUAAAAUUAAAAUAUGUACAUUUACUCAGAAUUUUUCAUUAUCAAUCCAAUUCUCAGUUUAUUUUGUCAAGUAUUGUGUAACUCAUUUAUAUUCAUAAAUCAGAAGUAUUAAAUAUUAUGUGGAUGAUGUAAUUAUAAUCAGAGAGAUGAAUAAAUCACUUCUUAAAAGCGCCUCAUUAAAACUUGGCAAACCAAAAUUCUUUGUGUCCCACUCAUAAAAUAUCUAUGGCAAGAAAUUAGAUUCAAUCACUCCAAUGCCUACUUCCAUCCAUCUUUCCCUCUUUCUCAUACCUUCUUCCAUAACUUCUGGGGCUGCCUGAGACUCUCCAUUUCAGAGGAAAUGGUUGAAAAUGCUUUUCUCCAUCUUUAAUAUAAUUUUACUUCAAAAAUACAUAAAAACAUAACUAUGUCAUACCUAUGUUAGUAAUAAGAUGUAAGUAAUUAUUAGCUUUUGCUUAUCUACCAGAUAUAAGCAGUUAUUAUCUACUUUUGCUUAUCCAUCAAAUGAUGAAAUGCAAGAUCUUCUACAAGAUGGCUAUCUAGCACACAUAAAAAUUCAAACAAAUCAUAAAGAGAAAUUAGAAUCUAAUUGGGUACAUACCUGUCAUAAUAUAACAUGAAAAGUGAUCCAAAAAAUCUGGUAUCAAGUAUAAACAUACACAUGCACACACACACACACACAAAUACAUAGUAUGCUUUGAACACACAAAAUGUGUAUAGAACAAAGAUUGUCAGGAAGUACAAUAAAAUAUUUAUAAUAACUACAGUUGAAUUUAGAGAUGCUAGGGGUAAGAGUUGGUGGUUAAGUCCUUAAGGCUCACCUGUAUUUUCCAUGUUUUCUGUCUUUAAUAUGUAUCAGCUUUGAACCACAGUAAAGGUGGUUAUUUUAAUGGGGUGCCUGGCAGGCUCAUCCGGUGGAGUGUGCUCACGAUCUCAGGGUCGUGAGUAUGAGCCCCACGUUGGGUGGCGAGAUUACUUAAAUAUGUAAAUAAAUCUUUUUAAAAAUAAAAUAAAAUAAAGAUAUAUUAAAAGUAAGGCAAUAUAUGUUGAGAAUUAUGGGGACCUCUUUGGUAAUGAUCUUCAAAGCUAAUGACAUCUUCAUGAUUUGGUUUUGGAAACAUUCAACCGCAAGAGUCUGAAAUAUGAUUUUUAUGUUCAUACAUUUCAAACAACAUAAUUAGUUAAAAUCACUUGACUGUAAACAUUUUUAACUUCUCAAAAACAUGAAAACUUUAAGAUGAAAAUAAAGAUAUAAUUAAGGUAAAUAUAUUUUAAGGUGAUAUCUUGUUACUUCAUUUUGCAUCAAAUCAAGUGGCAUUCUUAGAAUGAGUAACCUGGCUGUCUAUAAUGGAGCCAGUUUAUCUAAAUCUGAAUCACAAGUGACAGCCAGGUUUCUCAUGUUUAAAGGACAUUGUUACAAUUGGCAAGUUAUCUUUGCUGUUAAUAUUGGUAUAUAUACUAUUUCUCCAAAACCUUUCACCUAAUGCUUGUGGAAUCUAUUUAGGACACUUAACCUGUAAUCAGUAUAGCCUAUAACUAAUCGUUUUCAUUGUUGGCUACAAAAUAGUGAUUUUUAAGACAAAUUCUAUUCUUUUUCUGCACUUAUUAAUUGUCUUAUGUAAAGGUGAGUGUUAAUUUGCCAACUCCUUAAACUUUUACCUAAAAAGAUUUGGUAAAUCUUUAUUUUUGCUCUUUAAUUUCCAAUUUUUGGAAUAAGGACUUGAUGAUAGUGACCUGUGAUGGCUUUAAAGAUUUUUUCUUUUUUUUUUUUUUUAACAUUCAAUCAGCAUGGAUUCAUGAAUUUUUACUUAUUCAAUUUGUCACAAACAAUUAUAGUCAUUAUUCUUUGAAGCUCAAAUUACCCCAAAUUUGGCUAGUGAGUGCCUCUUGAAACUGGCUCCUGAUUGCUUUGUUAUACCCACUAGUCUUUGACUGUUUCAUUUCUUUUUAGCACAACACAAUGUUCCAGGCUUGCUGUAUACUUCCCUGACCAACACCCAUAGUCAUACAGCUUUCCAAAGAGGGAGAGAGAGAAAGGGGGGAUGAACAGAGGGAGAGAAAGAAAAACUCAAGCAGACUCCCAGCGGAGCAUGAUCCCAGUGUGGGACUCAAUCUCACCACCCUGAGAUCAUCACCUGAGCCGAAAACCAAGAGUCAGACACUUAACCAACUGAGGCACCCAGGUGGUUCAAACACCUACAGGCUUCAAAAGUCAAAGUAAUAUGAGAAGUAUGCCGAGUAGUCUUACUUCCAUCAUAUCUGAUCCCUCAUUUAAUAAAGUUAUAUUUUUAUUA